GGAGUCAACAGCUGGAGACUCUGAAGUGUCUCGUGGCGGCGAUGCAAGGAGAACGACUGCAUGUGAGCGCGAGCCUUCCCCCACUGCAAGACGGCUAACGGGGACUUCAGUUCUUCGGGAAGAAGAAACCGAGUGGAAAACAAGGUGACCACAUCGAGUCCUUCGAGUACAGGGUGGAUUAUUUUUGUGCCAACAGGUCGGCACACUUAGUCACCGAAAAACCCAGCAAAAAGUUUGAGCUAACGCAAAGGCAGAAGCUACAAGGGACACAUCUGUCCUGCAAGGGUGCCAUCUACCAUCCUCCCUCUUCAAGAACAUGAAUCAGCUGGUGGCAGUGCAGAUGUCCGUCACACUCAGUUAAAUGUUAGUGCUACUUGAGCAGACAUUGCCCGGCUGGCCGAAGAGGAAAAAAAAGAAAGGGGCUGUUGAAGGUGCUGGAAGAUGUCUCUGUGGAUGAUGCUGCCCGUCAGCCUCCCUGUGCUGACUAUCACUGGGAUAUGGGUUGUGUAUGCCAUGGCCUUGUACAACCAGCAUGUGUGUCCAGUGGAUAACUGGUUGUACAACCAAUCAUGCGAAGAGGAGCUGUAUUUGCAGAGUGGGCCAACCUUGUGCUGCACAUUAGACAACGUACCUCUCAUCAGUAAAUGUGGAACUCUUCCUCCCGAGAGCUGCUUCUUCAGCCUUAUCUGCAGCAUGGGAUCAUUCAUGGUUAUGCUCAUUGUGCUGUUCCGCUAUGCCCAUGUCAUCGAGAAGCACCAAAACUGUGUCCUCAACACGGCAAGUCUCUCCACAGGCUGGAUCUGUGCCGCUGGACUCAUCAUGGUGGGCAACUUCCAGGUGGAUAAUGCCAAAGUUCUCCACUAUGUCGGAGCGGGCAUCGCCUUCCCUACCAGUAUGCUGUUUGUGUGUCUGCAGUCAGCGCUGACUUACCGACUGGCCAAGACCCAGGGGGAGUACAACGUGGCCCACCUCCGGCUCUGCAUGACCCUGCUGGCCUUCGUAGCCUUGGUGCUCAGUGGCGUGUUUUUCUGUCAGGAGAGCUUCGUCCUGCAGCACGCGUCGGCCAUUUUUGAAUGGGUGUUCUGCGUCAUCAUCAUGCUGUUUUACGGGACAUUUGCUUUCGAGUUUGCCGGCAUGUCGGGAGAUACCAUGGCGGUGCUGGCCAGAGGAGGGGCCCUGGGACCUGCUGGGAGGGAACACAAGGUGGAUGCACUGGGACCACUUGGACCACUAGGACCACUGGGACCGCUUGGAGGAUCCGGUCCACACUCACAGCCUCAUCCACACCAACCUGAACACAUGUCUAUCCUGUAGUUGGGAAGCACAUCUUGAUGCCACAGAGGUGGCAUGUUUGUUCCUUUCAAACUGCGGUUGUUGAAUGAGUUUAAUUAUUCAUUUACUGCCGCAGUCCUCUGAAGCUUUGAAAUAAUCCUGGCCAGUGCUGUCACAGUUCACAGCAGAGCGGAUUCUACUAUUUCAACCACAGGGGUGUCCAUGUGCUGCCACAGUGGAGAGCUCAGAUUGUACUGAGCUCACGUCAGAGCUAGGUUUCUCCUAAAGACUUGUUUGCAUUUUGCACAUUGCACAAGUGUGAAACCAAAUUCUGUCCAAUCCAGUCUUGUUUGUAUUUUAUCAGUUCAAGAAAAUGUUUUCUUCCCCUGAGAUCUUUUAACCCGUUCCAUAAGUGGCCUUGGACCAUUGUAGCUUCAUGUGACUGCCGUAAUGCUUUCAUCAAACGAAAGGGAGGCUGCUGGCCGGCCGAGCUGACAGUAUUAGAGCGGUGAGACAGAGAGAAAUGCGCAGAAAGGCAGAGGAUGGUGUACGAGUGUUACAGUGAGAGCAAGGUCUGUUUUCCUACGAGAAUGUUGAAGGCAAUAAAUUCAGAGAAUCAGUUUGUUCUGGAGACAGAACAGGGCCGCUGUUUGCAUUCUGCACUCCUCUAAACCUGCGUUAAGCAAUAGUUCUGUAUUCAUUCAAAUAACUGUGUUGCUACUUUUUCAUUCAUUAGAUCAAACUGAACAUUUGACACACUUUAGCUGCUGUCCGCUCACUCUUUUGGUUGUUCAGCCUGAUAACUCUGUCAAGCAGACUGUAUGCUGCCUUUCAUCCAAAGCUCACAAGUAGUUGGUAACAAAAAAGUCAACAUCUUGUUGAGGUUAAGCAUAAGUAGAAGGAAGCUUGUGUUGGACUUAUAUUUUUCAGGUGGCUAUUGUAAUAAUAAUGUAAUGUCGCCCUGCGUCUGCAAGAUGUGUUCGUUGGCUCAGGCGAUAGCCGUGAAAACUUCAGCAAGUUUGUUCUGUGGUCGAAAACUGUCAAAUACAACCUUGAAAUAUGCACCAUCAACAAGUUUGUGUUUAGUUAAAUUUAGAAACAUAUGCCUUACAUUCUUCUUCAGUACCCAUGCUGCCUCAGUUGAUUCAAACCUUUACUGCUGAGUCUGAACAGGACAUCCCCCUCCCUCUUGUUGUUUACUUUAUUGACCUUCAACUUUGAAUACUGUAUGCUUCAUCCUCCUUACUGUAGAGUUCUGCCAAAGGAAGAGAAAUGAUGCAGUGUCCAAACAUAACCCGGCUAAUUCAAUCCAGAGCUCUGGGUUUAUUGAGUUUUGUGACGAGGCAUCAUGCGUGUUUUCAGGUUCUGUGGGCGGAUGUCUGCAUCUCAUUACUCCCUGACGAGGAGGGGGCACAGCAUGCUCCUGUGGGUUUACUUGGUACUUUAUUAUGACAUUUCAUAACCAAUUGUUACAUGUUUUUUUUUCCACUGGUGUAGUGUUACAAAGGGAAUGGGAAGGUUUUUAACAGACAUGAGAUGCACUGUGCUGCUUCUGUGUGAGGGUACAGCGGAGUAUGCCAAAAACCUGUCUGCCUGUGGCAUUGGUGCUAAAACUCCUGAGGCCUUAUCCUGCCUUUUCCACGAGUGUAGUUAUGAUACUGUCUGUUAAAUGAAAGCAAUAAGAUGGAGUAAAGAAGGUUGCGUGCACCUCGGGAAUACCAAAGCAGAUAUCUGCCACGACUAAUUCAUUCACUAAUACUCCCUGCUUGAACCUGCACCAACUUUAGAUCCUAACACGUCCGUGUAGUCAACCAUUCUGUUUGUCUUUCAGUCUGAUUGUACUCAUUGACUUUCUCUGAAGUUCUGUGCUGUUAUAUAACACAAAGAGUGACUGUUUAUAUUGUUAGGAAAUCUUCCACAUCUGGGUGUAAUAUUGAACUCUGAGCUCUCGAGCAGAGGGUUCACAACACUAAAAGCCUUGUUAGUAUACCUUCACAUGGUCAAAAUAUUGCUCCCGAAAUGCCACAGCAGGCCUCAUGUUUGCUAAAGAUUUUGUUAGGUCAGUAUUUUUGGUGCAAGUGUUUUUUGUUGCUGAAAAGAUAUGCUUCAAACAUAGCCACAGGACUUAAAUACAGCUGGUAACUCACAAACUGGAUGUAUGGACACUCUUUUGCAAGACUUGAAAAGUUGCACAUGCUACAGCUGGAAGGUGGAAACUCCUCUGAUCACUUGCUGCCCUCUGCUGGUAAAAGUGCACAUUGCAGGCCAGAUAGUGUUGUAGUUGGCGCUGUUGUGUUUGAGUCAAGUUCUGACACAAGAUCUUUCCUACGGUAAAAUGAAACCCCUUAAGAAUCCACAAGAGUAAAUAUUAAUUUAGGACAGUUUUUUUAAGUUUAUUCUAAAAAGUAUUGUACAGUAGUCAUUAAGAGGAAUAAAAACCCUGCCUGUGCAUCUGGAUUAAGUUCUGCAGUGAUCUUCAGAUGAUUUAAUGUCAUACCUUUAAACUACCGCCCGGCCUUUUCACACUUGAUACACUAUACCUUCAUGUGAGGGUAAAAAAUCAAUGCAUUUAAAAUAUAAGCCAAAUGCUGCUCAUGCUGCUCUUUAAAGAAGCAUUACAUCAUCAUACAGUUACUCAGUGUUUUUUUGAAUGUUAUACAUCUAUGCAUAAUGCCCGUUUCCAGUUGAACGCUACACAAAUGAUUAAAAACAUUACUUCUCAGUCAGAUCUUGCGUUGCCCUCUGCACUCUUUGUCCUUAGUUUUCUAAGUUACUGAUCAGUCUAAACUUUGCUCUCAGGAAGACGUUCUAACACCAGCUGUAUUCAUUGUUAGAUUCAAAGCAGAAACACUGCUCGCCUCUGCUUGUUGUCUUUGUUUCAGUGCGUUUUUUUGUUAAUGAGGAUCUGUCAUGUUUGUUUCAUGUAGCGUAGCUGCUUUUUCAUCAUUGUGGGAUUAAUGUUUUAACGUAAUAGAUUAUUUUUAUUAAUCAAGAUUCUGUUAAGCUGAAAACAAUAAACAUUCCUGUGUAUUUAGCCUGUGAGAUAUGUAUGCUGCUCAGACAAACCUGGGUAAAUAUCUGUAAGAAAGAAACAUGCAAUCAGUGGAUCAAUGCUGAGAGCUUUCUGAUGAACAGACUCACAUCUGUAAACCUCACAAAUCUGUAUCUCAAUCCUCAAAUGCAAACUGCUCCCUAUGUGCCUUAUGUGUUAUUUUGAUAAUAAAAACCAAAGAGGUUUUGGGUUGUAAAUUCUAUUUUGAUGAAAAGUCAUAUGAUUGUAUAUAUAUGCCUUAAUGUUCAACAAAUAAAUGAUGUUAAAAAAGAA